AUGAGGAUCAAGAAGUAUUAUUUCUGCUUUGGGCCAAUCUACUCAGGUCACAGCAUAAUGUUCGUCCACAAUGACUGCAACGUGUUCCAAUUCUGCAAAUCCAAGUGUCAUAAAAACUUGAAGAAGAGGAACCCACACAGCAGGUGAACUAAAGCCUUCUGUAAAGCAGUAGGCAAAGAGCUCACAGUGAACAACACAUUUGAAUUUGAAAAAUGUAGAAAGGAGUCCUUGAAAUACCAGCAAGAGCUGUGGAAUAAAACUAUUGAUGCAAUGAAGAGAGGUGAAGAGAUCAAACAGAAGCGCCAGGCUAAAUUCAUAAUGAACAGGUUGAAGAAAAACAAAAAGCUACAGAAGGUUCAGGACAGCAAAAAGAUUACGCAGAACAUCUAUCUUAUCUGGGUUCUUCUUGCAGACAAAGGGAAGCAGCUGGAGGAAAAAAAUAUGGUGUAUUUGUUAAAGGAACAAGUGGACAUGGAGGAUGCUUCCUGA